AUGCAAAUACCCUCAGCCCUCUAUAUACUUCCUCCUUUAGCAAUCUUCAUAUUCUCUACCAGAAACAUGUUCCAAAUCCUUCCUCAAUCACUUAUUUUCAAAACAAUUUGUCAAAUAAUCUCGCAGUUGAAAUGGGCUCGGGAUUUCCUUCUUCACCAAUCCUUCUUUCAACAGCAUCUCAGUUUCAACAGGCUGCAAAAUCUGGAUGAAUUCAGCAGAACGCGUAUUGGGCCACGAAAUAUAACUGAAUCUAUGGAUGCAGCAGAAUGUGCAAUUUGCUUAUGCAAUAUUGAUGAACAAGAUGAAGUUAGAGAGCUGAAAUAUUGCAAACAUGUUUUUCAUAGAGUUUGUUUAGAUAGGUGGGUUGGAUAUGGGCACUGUACAUGCCCUUUAUGUAGGAAUUACUUGAAGAUUCCUAAAAUUGCUGCUGAGGUCUAUGAUCAAGAAGUUUUAGUAUUUGAAUUCUGUGUUGUUAGAUCAAGUAAUAGCUGCAGAUGGUGGCUACGUUGA